AUGGCUGAUGCCCAGGACAAUGCUCUGAGGAUCGUGCUGGUCGGGAAGACUGGAAGUGGGAAAAGUGCCACAGGAAACACCAUCCUCGGGCGAAACGUAUUCACCUCUAGGCUUGCUGCCCAGGCUGUUACCAAAACUUGUCAGAAAGCAUCCCGGACAUGGGAGGGGAGAGACCUUCUCGUUGUUGACACCCCAGGGCUCUUCGACACCGAGGAGAGCCUGAACAGCACCUGCAAGGAAAUCAGCCUCUGUGUCCUCGCCUCCUGCCCCGGACCUCAUGCCAUCAUCUUGGUCAUGCAGCUGGGCCGCUACACGCCUGAAGAGCAGGAAACCAUGGCGUUGAUCAAGGCUGUGUUUGGGGAACCAGCCAUGAAGCACAUGAUCAUCUUGUUCACUCGCAAAGAGGAACUGGAGGACCGCAGCCUAAGCGACUUUGUGGGGGGUGCGGACGUAAAGCUGCGAAGCAUCCUCGAGGAGUGUGGAGACCGCUGCUGUACCUUCAGUAACAGGAGUACAGACCGGGCUGAGAAGGAAGCUCAGGUGCGGGAGCUGGUGGAGAUGAUAGAUAAGAUGGUGCAGAACAACCAGGGGGCUUACUUUUCCGACGCCAUAUACAAGGGCACAGAAGAAAAGCUGAGAAAGAAGGAGGAAGUCUUGAAGAAAAUCUACGCUGAUCAAUUAGCAAAGGAAAUUAAACUAGUAGAAAAGGAAUAUGCCCAUAGACCACAGGAAGAAAAGGAGGAAGCAAUAAAAUCGCUAAUGAAGAAGCAUGAUGAACGAAUGAAAAAUAUAAGGGAAGAAGCCAAGGAGAAUUUAUUUCAAGUUGUUUUCCAGGAGAUUAAAAAUUUGCUUUCCAAAAUAUGGCAAAUGUUUUGGAAGUAG